CUGCUGCUGCUCCUCUGUGGAGGGGCUGGCCUCUCCGCGAAGACGGGAGUCAGGUAACCCCCGGACCAACCGACGCUCUUCCUCCUCACCGACCGACCGACUGACGGGGUCACAGGCGACCCUUCUCACAGUUUGGUAGAGGAGGUACCGACGUACCGACGUGUCGCCCGGAGGUUCCGUGUUCCGUGUGACGAGCUGCGCGCGUCCCGCGGCGCAGAGGAGGCGACUCAGGUGUUCGAGUGCACGAGGAGGAAGAAGACGAAGAAGAAGACGAAGACGAAGAAGACGAAGAAGAAGUUCGUGUCGCGCUUUUUCAAACCGCUUCUCCGAGGGUUGGAGGGCCCCCCCCCCCCGGUCAUUGAGCCUCUCCUCUCCUCGGUAACUAUUCGAACAGGCGCUCUCCUGGAGCCCUGAUGAUACCCCAAGCCUCAACUCGCGAUGGAGGCUUAUACUGUUCCAGGAUGGAUGAGACGGAGAAGUACCAACAGCGACUGGAGGCCAUUGCUGAGAAGCGUCGGCAGCAGGAUGAGGAGGAAAGGGCCAGAAGAGAGAUGGAGGAUGAGAAACUCCGACUACAGCAGCUGAAGAGGAAGUCACUAAGGGAUCAGUGGCUGAUGGAGGGAGCUCCCUUGUCCCCAGCGUCCCCGGACGGCCAAGGCCCCCGCUCCCCUCCGUGGGGCUCCCACGCCCACGAGGCCGAAAACCACAUUGACAAGUUGCAGUCAGACAGUCAGCAUUUAGAGGAGGAAAAGAAGGAGCAGAUGGAGGAUGGCCAAGUGCAGGAGGCAGUGGAGGUGGCAGAGGCUGCAGCAGAAAUGGUCCAAGAAGUUGUUGUGCACAACGGAGAAGACAAUGCAACCGCAUUAGAAUCAACUGAAGAUGACGUGAAGAUAAACAAAAGCCAGCGGCUAGAUGGAACUGCAGUUGUCUUAACCAAUGGUGGAAGAGACUUCAAUGCAGACAUUGAUCACAAAGCCUCUGAACAGAGUAUUCAGUCCAACACCAACGGAGUCCUUGGUGCUGCUGAGGGUGAUGUGAGCAUGAAGUUGGAGCCGGUGUUGAGCCGCUGUGUUUCUGAGGCAGAUCACGUUCCAGAUGUCAACAGUAACUUGGAGGAAGAAGAGGGAAAUCUGGUGAUGAGAGCCGUAUGUGUGAUGAUCACAGAUGAUGGGGAUGAUGUACCUGUGGAUCUUGGAGCCGAGGAAGAUCAGCAGGAGGCCAUACAGUCAGACGAAACUCCUCUGCCAGACCAAGAAGCAGGCAAAGAGGACGGGGAGACUGUGGAGGAGAUAAUUAAAACUGAAACGGCCCCAGAAACUUUCAUACAGCCAGAGAAGAGUCAGGCAACUGAGCGCACUGCUGAGGCAAAACCAGAAACUGGAGAUGUGGACGGUGACGUCAAGACAAACGAAAGCGUAAACGGAGAGACAAAAGCUGAAGGAAUGGACAAACAAUCCGAAGAUCCGCCAGCCAUUCAUCUAGAGGGCACCACAGUGGCUUCAGUGCCGGUCUACUCUGAGAUGCAAUUUGUCACUGUCGCAUCCGAGGCUGAGUUUGAAGCUGCAGUGUCACCGGAGGGAGCCCAAGGUCCUGCCACCGUGUCUGGCCAGUUCCAGGAGGUGCCCCUGGCUGAACCCCAGGAGAGCCAGAGGACAGAGGCAGGGCUGGGGGAGCAGGAGCCCCUUCUUUCACAGGCCAAAGCCCCCGACAGUCAGGCAGAGCCAGCAGCAACUAACAGCCCAGCCAACACAGAGACACACGGCCCAGCCAGGGCGAGCCAGGGAGAGGAGCCGGAGGCACCCAAACGCAAAACAUGCCAGUGCUGCUCUGUAAUGUAAAUGCCCUGUCUGUACAUUCAUUUCCUGUCUGCCAGUAUCCUCUAGUCUUUCUCUAUGAUGUUCAAUUCAUAACACACUCCUACCACUGUCUCUUUAUUUUAUGCACCCACCUUUUUUUUCUUUUUUCUUUAAUCAGUAUGUUCACAAGAUACUUCUUUUCCCUCCACCACCCUCAGCCAACGAUCCUUGCAUUUUUCUUGAAACUUCCUCUUCCCACUCUUGAGCCAUGAUUCUCCAAGAGGAAGUGGCCUUUCUCCAACACGGAGAGAAGGGGGAAAUGACCUGGACUCGUCAGUGUUUUAAGUGCCUUGUGGAGCUCGCUAUCUGGGAUUACAUUUUAAUAUUCUCUUCACACGAUGUCUGAUUUGGAUUGAAUUUUAUUGGUUAGGAGACGAGCCAGCCAAUAGGAUCAUUAAACCCCUGGUUUUAGUUGCAGUUAAGCAAAAAAAAACAAAAAACUUAAAAUGUAUUAUUUUAAUUGUUGUAUCUACAUGUAUAGUGCAUCUAGUAUUUUUCAUAAUCUAAAUAUGAGAUAUAACUGGAACAGUCCGAUGAUCUGGAGAGGUUCAGAGAGGAUAUUCUUCUAAUUUAAUGACUUUGAGAAUUAUUUUAUUGAUUUUGGUCUUUUAUUUGAGCUAUUUUAAUCCAAAUAUAAGGUCUGAACAUUUUUAUUCGCUUUGUAAUAGAGGUUGGUGACAGUAUACAGGCUAAUAGUAUGAAAUGGACAUAUGUAUAAGCAACGGCGCGAAACACUGAAUAUAUUUUGUAGGCCACUGUCAUUUCAUUGUUUUGAAAUACCUGAAAGCAUGAAUUUUUACCAAAAGCUUUUGAGUAGGGCCUGCAGAGCUCCUGACACAGCUCUCUGUGUGGAUGUGUAAUACUGUUCACAGGAAGCAUGUGGAAUUGAGUGUCUGAUUAUGAAUGGUUUAAUAAUUAAACUGACUUUUCAUACAAA